AGAUGUUGAUUCCUUAAUUUCCAUAAGCAAAAAUAUAUACAUGUCAUUGAGAAGUUGGGAAACCUUUGAAAAUGACAAACGAAAAAGUGGCAUUCUUGUGGUUUUUAACGGAAUAAUGGGAUAAUCUACCUAAACUAAGUCCAAACAACUUGCAACUUGAUGAUCCACUUGCUUUAUGAUGCAUAUGAUAAGAUCACCACCCCAAAAUUCUCUCUCUGAUCUCUUAAAUCUCCAAGAAAACAUCAAUUUAAUCCAAGUGGACAUAAAGGAAAAUUAAAACUUUCUUUUCUUUUCCUUCUCUUUCUCUCUAUAUACACUUUUAUACCUCGCCUUUUCUUAUGCAUGAUUCUUGUUAUAACCCUAAAACAAUCCUCAAGAAACCAACCGAAAAGAACACCCCCCACUAAUUAAUAUGCCUGCUGCAGCUUCCCUGCAACUCCCAAGAACCACCGCCACAACCUCCGCCCUCCCUUGCCACAAGCAGUCUCAAACCACCGUCAACACUUGGCGGGUUCCUUUCAUUUGGGAUACUUCUUCUUCCGUUCCUGACUACGUUUAUUGCUACCAUUCUCGUACCAUGGGACCAAACCAGUGCUGCUCCGCCAUCGUCAAGACUAUCAAUGCACCUGUCUCCACCGUCUGGUCGGUGGUCCGCCGUUUUGAUAACCCUCAAGCUUAUAAACACUUUGUCAAGAGCUGCCAUCUCAUCAACGGCGAUGGGGAUGUAGGCACUCUCCGGGAGGUUCAUGUGGUGUCUGGACUUCCUGCUGAGUCAAGCACCGAGAGACUCGAGAUUCUUGAUGAUGAACGCCAUGUCUUGAGCUUUAGCAUGAUUGGCGGUGACCACCGGCUAAACAAUUACCGGUCAGUCACCACCCUCCACUCUUCUCCAGGUGGAAAUGGUUCAAAUGGUACGGUUGUUAUCGAAUCAUACGUAGUUGAUAUACCCGCAGGAAAUACUAAGGAGGAUACAUGUGUUUUUGUUGAUACAAUUGUAAGGUGCAACUUGGAAUCUUUGGCUCGGAUUGCUGAGAACAUGGCCAAGAAUGCCCAACAACAAUCAUCAUCAUCAUCAUCAUCAUCUUCUUGAUUUUUUUUUCAUAAUUUUUUUGGUUUUCGAAUUGGGUUUGGAUUUGAUCAUAUCGUUCGUGGAUUGCCAAUGCCCGAAUUGGAAAUUUCGUAGAUCUACAUAUAAAUAUAUAUUGGCUCUUGAAGGUGCUUAUAGUAUAUUUUAAUGUCUUGUCAACUUUGAUAAUUUUCCUUCGAGAUUGCUACCAAUUUAGCAUCAUGUUCUAUACCUUUGUGCUUCUUUCCCUUUUUCUUUUUCUCUUGUUGUUUUUGUUCAAGGGAGAGGGCUGUUAAUUUUAUGGCUUCAUUUAUGCACAUAUUAUUCUAGAUUCAUCUUUUUUUUUU